AAGAGAGGUGUGAAGACAGGCAUGCUUUGUGUUGUUUGUUGCUGGCAUAGGGUAGAGUCACUAGGUGCUCUUUACCUGAGCGCUCACACACACCUUGCUGCCCGCUGUCACCGCACCUGCAGGUCGGAACACAUACACGGACGGACCGACGCUGAGAAAUGAAAUGAGACUUUACUCCUUCAGAUUUGGAUGUGUUUUGGCGAUCCUCAGUUUGGCGUCCAUAUCUUGGAUUAUAUCGAUUCCCAGUAAUGAAGGCUCAGCGGCUCCGGACCUGCAGACCCUGUACCGGCGUCUGCUGGCGGCUGAGGAGCGGGCCGGGCAGGUGGGCCGGGACCUCAGCCGCAUCUUGGAACGUCUGAAGAACAUGUCCAAAGCCACAAACUCCACCAACUCCACCCAACCCCCCCGUAAUAUCUCCACCGCCAACUCCACAGAAACAAUUGGGCUGCAGUCAAAAAAUGCUGGCCCCCAGAUGUUCCUUCAGCCUAACAUUUACCUGUACCUGCCCCCUCAACUGCACCCAGACAGCCUCUGCCCCAAUGUGCUGCUGGGACAGGGCCGCCGCGGAGUGUCCAUGGUGCUGGGCAUUCCCACAGUGAAGCGUGAGAAGCAGAGCUACCUGAUCAGCACUCUCAGCUCUCUGUUCUACAGCCUGACCGCGUCACAGCAGCUAGACCUCCUCGUGAUUGUCUUUGUCGCUGAGACGGACUCAGACUAUGUGGGCAGCGUAGCAGAGACCAUCAAGACCAAUUUUCCCAAACAGGUGCAGUCCGGGCUGCUGGAGGUUGUCUCUCCUCAUCAGCAUUACUACCCCAACUUCACCCUCCUCAGAGAGACCUUAGGAGACUCCAAGGACAGAGUCAAAUGGCGAACAAAGCAGAAUCUGGACUUCAGCUUCCUCAUGCUCUACGCUCACGACAAAGGAACAUUCUAUGUUCAGUUAGAGGAUGAUGUUGUUGCGAAGGCCGGCUACUUCAACAACAUGAAGACCUUCGCCACCCUGAAUGAUUCCAAGCAAUGGCUCUUCCUGGAGUUCUCCCAGCUCGGAUUUAUAGGCAAGAUGUUUCGAACCGGUGACCUCCCGAUGAUUACGGAGUUCUUCCUGAUGUUCCACAAAGACAAACCAGUGGACUGGCUGUUGGAUCACAUCCUGUGGGUGAAAGCUUGCAACCCAGAGAAAGACGCAAAACACUGUACACAACAGAAGGCUUUGCAUAAGAAGAGAUACAAGCCCUCCCUCUUCCAGCAUGUGGGCCUCCACUCCUCUCUGCACGGGAAGAUCCAGUAUCUGAAGGACAAAGACUUUGAAAAGCAGGCUCUGUAUCAGGCUCACAGUAACCCGGCUGCAGAGGUCAGCAGCAGCCUGAAACAUUACCAGCAGCACAGUCUGGAGCGGGCGUACACAGGAAAGGACUUCUUCUGGGCAUUAACACCCAUCAAGAACGACUACAUCCUCUUCAACUUCACCCAGCCCAUCAACAUGACCAGGUAUCUGUUUCGCAGCGGAAAUAUUGAGACCAGUGCAGAUAAAUUCUACAACACUACAGUGGAAGUGCUGCCUAGCAAUGCGUCAGCACGAGACACACUGGUGGCUGCUUCGCCUUCUCAUUACAGACAAUCUGAUAAGGGUUUCAUCAUAAUCGGUGCGUUUGUGGACGGGCUAGCUGCGGCGAACAUUGAAGAAUCACUGCAGCCGAUCUCAGCGCUCCGCCUGCUGGUUCACUCUGACGCUGACGUCUGGGCUCUGCUGAGCGAGGUCUGA